ACGGAAGUAGUUAGAUCAUAUUUAUCAUUUGUAAUCCAAGUGUAUAUAAAUACACCAGCAUGUAUACGGAUCAUUGUGUGAAAUACAAAUCCCUUUAUGGUAUCAAGAGCCAUUCUUUAAAACAGCCUCACUCAAUUUUUUUCCUACCAGCUCCUUGUUCAUCAUGACAACCAUCACUGCCACCACGCAAGUCGUUUCUCUCACGGCCACAACUCAUUUUCCGAUUAAGCUCACUUCGUCCAACUAUCCAGUCUGGAAAUGCCAAGUCCACUCCGCUCUUGUUGGCCUUGGUCUCGAAGCUUAUGUUGAUGGCACCAUCAUCACCCCCGACUUAUUCCGUGAUGCAAACAAAACCCAGCUUAAUCCAUGCUACACCAUAUGGUACUGUCAAGAUAAAACAAUUUUAAGUGCGCUUUUGGGCAGUUGCUCCGACACAAUUCAACCGGUAAUCUCCUCUGCUGCCACCGCUCGUCACGCGUGGGACAAAUUAGCUCUCACAUAUGCCAGCACUUCACGAGGCCGUAUCAUCUCCCUCAAAUCUGCCCUUGCUCGCACCACCAAGGGAUCCCGAUCUAUUACAGAUUAUCUUGCUGAAAUGUAUGCCUUAUCUGAGGCACUUGCCCUUGCUCAAAGUCCACUCCCUGAAGAGGAUUUGGUCAUUAAUAUUCUUAAUGGUCUUGGAACUGAAUACAGUGAGAUUACAUCAGCCAUCCGGGUUCGACCCACUGCUCUUCCUCUUGCCGAGCUGCAAGAUAUUUUGCUGGAACAUGAAGAACGUCUCCGUCAGGUUGUUGCCUCCACUGAAUCUCUCGUUCCCACGGCUAACGUUACUCGGAUGGUUGACCGCCAUGCACAUGUUGACCGUCGCCCCACUCAAUAUGGUGACCGUGGUGAUCGUCGCAACUCAUCUGCUCGACGAGGACAUGGUAGCUAUCAUGGCUCCUCUCGGCCGGUCCAAAAUCAGUUGACCUGUCACUUUUGCAAUAAUGUUGGACAUGAUGUAAGGGUUUGCCGUAAGCUACAGCGUUUCCUUCGAGAACAUCAAGUACCUCAUCCGGCUUCACCUACAGUUCAUCAUACUACAACGGCACCUUCCACUUCUACUCAGUCGUGGCUCUUUGAUAGCGGGGCUUCUCACCAUGUUACGUCGGAUGCUUCUCUUUUGCCGUCCUACACUCACUAUGGGGGUCCCGAUGAGGUUCGCUUAGGCGAUGGACCGAAUCACGGGGGCGCCGCUAAUGCGAGGGGAGAACCACAAUGAUGUCUCCUAUAUCUUGCCAAGUUCCUCACCCCAAAUAAAUGUCACUCAAGUGUCUGAUUUAUCUCAUUGGCAUCAUGUCUUCGGUCACCCAUCAUCUCGUGUGUUUGCUCAAUUAGUUAGUCAAAAUAAAAAUUUAUUUCCCUUCAGUACUACAAAUAAAGUGCAUUGUACUUCGUGUUUCGUUAAUAAAAGUACAAAAUUACCAUUCUAC